UGUUGAGACAGAGUCAUGGAGGAUAGCCACGGACCAACAUCGGCUGUGGCAGUUUCCGGUAACCCCUCUCGUCCUGCAGCCUCCACGAGUGGAGUGGACAUCGAGUCUGACCAUCGCCAUCAACAUGUGCAGGUCCAGCCAUCUCCGGAUCAUGGCAGCUGGCUGUGCUGUGUUCCCUGUUAUUGGCUCAGGAGGAACAACAGCGUCCACAAGGCGUCGCUGACAGUCGCAACUCUAAUUGUCAUGUCUCUGCUGGUGGCGUCUCCAGUUCUCUUCCUUAUCAGCAGCAUUCCAACACGUGAAGGCGAUCGGCCGAGAGGCUGUCAUCACCAGGGUGAUAUGUGUGGUGAAGAACCGAUGGACGAUUACGUGUGUAAGACAGAAGAAUGUCGGAGGGCCGCAAGUCGGAUUCUUGCUUCUAUGAACUGGAGGUACGAUCCAUGUCGUGACUUCUACAAGUUCGCGUGUGGUGGAUGGUCUCCAGGAACAGAUGAGGGCCGUAAGAAUUUGUCCCAUCACUACGGUCAAAAACCAGAACUGAGUUUUAAUACUAUCCAGAAACAAGUGGAUCAACAGAUACAGCAACUUCUGACCCUGUCGUCUAGUUCUGGGCCUUUCCAGAAAUUGGGGCUCUUCUACAACAGCUGUUUGAAGAUGAGAGACAAGAGGACGUCGACAGCCCCAAUGUUUGCUCUUCUGAAUGACCUGGGUGGAUACCUAAUGCCUGGGACCCCUCAGCCACCAGACCUGACGCCACUAUUGACUCGUCUUCUCCUUGUAAAUGGAGCACCUCUAUUUGACGUCUAUCUGGAGCGAGACGUGCACAAUCGCACAUUCCUUGCUGUUUUUCUGGACUUACCACGUCGCUAUGGACACACCACCAGGCUGCUACAUGGACCCUACCCAGAGGUGCCGAACGGUAUUUUAAGCGUUCACAGAACAGUAAGGACGAGCAGUUCGAGGAUAAAACGCAGUCAGAACAAGGAAAGCAGAGCUUACACAUAUAUUAAGGACAGUGCUGAAGAAAAGAGGUUGUUAAGUCUGGAGAAGCUGCUCCACAGAUUUUUACCAAGCAACAUGCCUCUAGAUAUGCGAAUCAAAGAAGCACAAAGUAUCUUACUAUUUGCAUCAAUGCUCAGUAAAGUAUUUCCACGUGAGAAAGACAUCAUCAACUCAUUCCAGAGAAGAGAUGAUUACAAGAAGUAUAACCUCUCGCAGCUUCAAGAAAUAUAUGGGUUUGUCCAAUGGAAGCCCCUUAUGGAUGAAAUAUUUGCUACUAAUUUUACUGACAGCGAUAAGUUUUAUGUGGUAGCUCCAGAGUAUUUUGAGAGUCUUCAGAAAAUGCUCACUCAUUUUCAAAACAGAGUGGUUCAUAAUGCGCUCCUUCUUGUGUUCGCCCGAGACAUAUUGCAUGAGCUAGUGAACGCGACGGCCACGCCAGACUGGUCAGCGUUCUGUACACGUGUCACAAUAAGCGUGUUCACAAAGGCAGUGAGCGCCCUCUAUGUUCAACAGUUCUCACUUCAGUACCUUGAAGAACUUCGUAAGCAGGUGACGCAGAUGUUCAGGCACUUGAAGGUAACCUUGGAGACAAGGAUCAGGAGUCUGUCGUGGUUGGAUGAGCUGACACGUGAAGAAGCUCUGCAUAAGUUAUCCAAUCUGCGUGGGCAGUUCUUCACUUGGCCACAACUCUGGAACCAAACGUAUGUCGCCAGCCUCCUGCAGGAUGUACACGUUGAUCCUGAUGAUUUCUUUGGCAAUGUAAUCCGGAGGUACAGACAGCUGAGAACUACGCCACAUAACUUCCAUGACCAACUGCCAACUGAUCAGAAGUGGGCAUAUCCCUUUGUUGUCAAUGCAUUUUAUGAACUGACACUCAAUAGUAUAGUGAUACCUCUGGCCGUUCUUACUCAACCGUACUUCCGAGCCGACGUUCCCCAUUAUAUUCCCUACGCUACAAUUGGCCUUAUUUUUACUCAUGAAAUGCUGCAUGGGUUUGAUCUGAUUGGAAUCGGCUAUGAUGCCAAAGGGGAGCCGAGGGAAUGGUUCUCUCCUGAAUCUCGUCUGAGACUAGAGGCACGGCUGGACUGUGUGGCAAGACAGUAUGCAGCCACCUUCUGGAAAAAAGUCAACUUCAUGGGUGCCAACAUAGAGGUCCAAUUUGAUUGGAAUGUGACACAGAAUGAGAACAUGGCAGAUAUCAGUGGGCUACAGAUUGCUUACAAGACAUGGAAGUUACUUCAGGAAGAAGACACUCCUGAUCCACACUUGCCUGGAAUUAACCUCAGCCCAAGACAACUUUUCUUUCUCAAUGCAGCACAGACAUACUGCUCAACACUAUCACCAGAAGAUUAUAUUCUUUUGGUAGAAAUGGACUUCCAUACACCCUUUCCUGAACGAGUGAAUGGUAUUAUGAUGAAUUCACCUUCAUUUGCUGAAGCGUACAACUGCCCUGUAGGCUUACCAAUGAAUCCAAGUAGAAAAUGUUCCACUUGGUGAGACAAUACAAUUAGUUAACUUUUUAAUUUUAGAAUGACGAGAAAUGCAGUUCCUCCAUUACCAUUUGACAAUAUUACAAUGACCAAGCUGCCCUUAAUGAAUUCCACAGGUGAUAUUUUUUUAAAAACUGGAUUAAAGUUUCUAGUAAGAGGUGAUAUUUUGUCAGAGAGUAAUUACGAGUCACAGAUAUCUGCUUUGUUAUUCUGCACACUGUAUGGGAACAUUCAAACCUAUAAAUUACAGUUUUAUUAAUGUAAUUAUUAUUACAUAAAUAUAAUUGAUCAAAUCACUGUUUGAAAUGUACUUCAUAUUAAAAAAAAAGAGAUAUUAGUAUUUCAUCAGUAUUUAAUUGAGCUUUUCUCCAGAUAAUCUAUUCUCUGACUCAAAAUUAUAUUUAUGUACUCAUUAAGAUGUGGUUCUUCAGUUCAUCUGUAUUUCUAAACCAACUACCGGUGCUCAGUGACAUCUAUGAUAAACAAAAUGACACUGGGAAAUAUUCCCUCCGAGUAUUCAUGUUUCCCAUGCCAAUUUUCAUUCCACCAGAACACACAGCACCUAAAGUUUACGAUAAAGUGGAUAUUUGUCCACAGCGCUUCACAUCUGAUUCAGCACUUAGCUCACAGCUGGGCUCAAAAGUAAUUUGUUUUCGUAACAAUACUUAAUUUAUUAUAAAUUGUUUAUUUUGUGAUUUUAUUUCAUUUGCCCUUCUUUCCGGAAGCAUACAAUUUUUUGUCUUCCUUACCUUAAUGUGAAGCAUUUAAAUUGUAUUGUGUGUGUUCUAAUAUUAGCACGGUGCAUACAUUUUUUAAUAAAAUUUUAAACCUCGAAUAUUUUAUGUAAUCUGGAAAAACUGAACUUGUUAAACAUGUUGUAAUAUGAGGUCCAGUACAAUAAUUUUUAUACAGCCAGUAUUAUUAAUGGUUCUUUACAUCAUCCACUCUUUCAGAUGGCUUGAAACUAAAUAAUAGUAGUAAUUUAUUAUAGUUUACAUAACUUCUAAUUAAUCACAUGGUAUUAUAAGAGAACAGAAAAGUUUAAGUGAAACUGUAUUCUGGUUUCCAUUUCCUGUUGUUAAAAUCACCAAUCCCAAACUGACACACUUCUGGACAGACAAAUGACUUAAUUAAGGAUUUUUUAAGUAUUUUUGUACCUAGUUAUGAAAUACAUUUAAAAAUCAUAAUGGAGUUUACAUUCGUACUUUCAAACACUGUUAACAAUAAUGAGAUUUUUAGAGUUUGUUCUUAAUAAUGAUUCAUUAUGAGUCUCUGGGUGGAAAUGAUCAUCUAGCAGAAGUGUGUGAAUAAUAUAAUACCCUGCUGAGAGAAAGUUCUCUUGAUAAAUGCAAAUAACUCUCAAAUUACAAAUUAAAAGCUUUCUGAAAUACUACAGACAAAAUUUCAUGGACAGUGUGUUCAAUGGUUGGUAGCAUUGUAAAAUGUAUUUAAUUAUUAUUACUGCUAUGGCAGUCUCAGAAGUAAGGGAUUUCAAUGAUGAAAUAAAUUCAUGUGGGUUUAAUUUAAUUCUCCUGUGAAUCUAAGUAUAUUCACAUUUAGGACUCUGGCUUAAACAGAAAUAAAAUAAUUUAUUUUUAUUAGUAUAUCGAAGCUUAUUUCACAACUCUAUUUGACAUCGCAUAUAUUUAAAAUAUAUUCUUAAACAUACAUAAUUUUAAAAUCAACAUAAAAUUUAUUUGUAUAAUAUUUUAAGAAUAUUCAAUCACAGGGUCGAGGAACAUCAACUGGAACAGCAUAUGACAUGGAGAUCUGUAUGAAAUCAUUUAACAUUUUUGUUGUUCCAAUUCUUGAUUCUCAAAUGAACAUUCUAAAAAUGGUAAAGUUAACUUUUUACAGACUAUUGUUAUAUGUGUAUGGAAUUUGAGCAAAUGAAGACAGUUAACUCUCAUUCAUUUCAAUUUCUGUACAAAAGAAAAAUAUGUCCUUCAGAAGCUCAUGUAAUUUGCUUUACUAAUGAGUAAAUGAUGUAAACAUUUACUGAAUAUAUGAAGGUGGUAGAAUCCCAAGUUUCAUGGAUCAAAAAUUGUUUUCUACUGAUUCAAAGUUCCUGUACACCACUUCCCUGUUUCACUCUGUGCAAGAAUGUGGUUUAUUAGAUUAGAAUAAAAUUAUUUACUCCUAAGUAUAUUUAUUAAUACAUGUAGGCUAUGUAGAUAAAUACAUGUGAGGUACAUAUAUUAUCCUGUACUCAGUUGUUUUAGGCAAUAUUUGUUUUAUUAAAAGCAAUUUGUUACUUUAUGGUGGAUAUACACUAUGUAUGUAUGGUGUCAGUGUGUGGACAGAUGAGUAUAGUCAAAAGUAAUACAAUUGUCCUUAAAAUUAUUUGAGAAUUACUUCAUAUUUGUGUAAUCCAUCCACCAUGCAUGAACAAUUCUGCAUCAAGUCCAUAGUCCACGAGCUUCUUUAAUUUUUGCAUGUUGGUGUCCGUCCUUGGAUCAGUGUUAGGUUAAACACGUCAAGAAUUAUUUUGAGGUAAAGCAUAUGCUCAAUGGUAGAAUAACUUUACAAGAAAUAUUGAACAGUAUAUGUUAUAAUCUUGAAAAUUACUUGUGUAAAUUGAAACAUAUGCAACCAACAUUCAGAAUGGAAAUUAGUAUUUAAUCAUGAUGUAGUGUAUAUAAAAGUAAUAAGACAAUUAUAUGAAUUCCAGAAUAAAUAUGUAGCAGGAACACAUGUUAUAUGAAGGCUGUAAUAAAUUACUGUUAUGAAAUGUG